AUGACGAGCCGCGGUGCUCUGGCCGCCCUCGCGGCCGCCCUGCUUCUGCACGCGGCGCUGUGCCGCCCCCAGGGUCCCCUCGACGGCGACCUUACCCUGGCGUUGCCCACCCUCGGCCCAGAGGCGUCCUCCGAGUCAGCCCCGCCGGUGCCUGCUUCAGCGUCCGUCCCAGCCCUGCCAACAGACCCCACACCCGUCCCUGUCGCGGGAGCUUCCCCGGCGCCCCCGGCGCCCGAGGCGCCCUCCGGGCCUGUGGCGCCGGUCAUCCCGCCCUUCCCGGUGGACGAGCCUGUUCCGGACCCCGACCCGGCCAGCAAGGUGUUUCACGCCGGCAGCAUAGGGUUGGGCCACACUUUCGUGUCCCUCGGCGGAGAGCACGCCCAGCCAACUGAGUAUCACCACACGUCGAAAAACUCCUCCUCGUCGACUUCGUCCACGUACUCGACGACCAGCACUGUCGCCAACGGUGAACGGCACACCGAGACCCGCAAUUCCUCCAGCAGCCACACCGAGGACUCGCAAUCUGAGGACACCGUUGUCUCCACAGCCACGGCACCGACGAUACUGGACGACUCGGGGGAGGUGGAGAUGGUGGGCCCCGGCGAAAGGGCGGAGAGGACUGAAAAAGUUGCAGCGACGAAAAGGGAGCAAAGAGCAGAAAGACUUUAUGGCGUGUGUGGAAUUUGUGACGAGUUAGAAGGCAGUGAGCUUAAUCGCCCAGAAAAUAUUCAAGUUAAGGAGUUCAUCAGCAGAUGGUGCACACAAACAUAUGGCGAAUCAACGCUGGAGACUUGGUCCACAGGAAUUAGCAGUCAGAAUUGGAACGAAAAUGAAGGUGUUCAAACAGAAACAUUGAGCCAGACCACAACACACACGAAUACUGGAACAACCGAAGGAGUUUCCAGUGUUGCUACAACGCACGAAACAUCAGAUCAAGUGACUGCAAGUGCCACGGCCGCACAUGCUGCAUCG